AUGCGCUUCCUGUGUCUUCACGGCGCCGGUACAAGCGCGGAAAUCUUCGAGAUCCAAUCAGGCGGCCUCACCCAAGCCCUCGAAACCGAAGGCCAUGUCUUUAAAUACAUCGACGGCCGCCUAGAAGCCGACCCCGAACCAGAAAUAAAAGGUAUCUGCGACGGCCCCUUCUACGAUCACUACCCCCGCGGCACCUCCCCAGGCGAAGACCUCAUUCGCGCAAUCAACUACACCAUGAACAUCAUCCACCGCGAGGGCCCCUUCGACGCCGUACUUUCCUUCUCACAGGGUGCGGCCCUCGCCGCCGCCACGAUUCUACACCACGCGCGCGCCAACCCAUCCGCCCCGCCGCUGUUCAAGCUCGCCGUGUUCAUCUGCGGUGCGGCGCCGUAUACGCUUGACGGGAAGGAGAUCCUGGACCGCGCGCCUGACGCGCCUUACCCGCUGACGGUCCCGACGGUGCAUAUCGUGGGGCGGCAGGAUACGCUUUAUCCGUGGAGUAUGCGGCUUUAUGGGCUUUGUGAUCCUGCGAGGGCGGAGCUGUAUGAUCAUGGCUCGAAGCAUCAUAUUCCGUUUGAUGUGAGGAAUACGGAGGCUAUGUUGGGGGUUAUUGAGAGGGGGAUUGAGAGAGCGGGGUAG